AUGCGAUCAUUCGCCCCUUUGGCCGCCGUCGGCCUUGCCCUCGCGACCCUCUCAUCUGCCAGUGAUGUUCACGACCUGCACGCGGAUGACUUCAAGGAUUUCAUCAAAGAGAAUGACCUAGUUCUUGCAGAGUUCUUUGCGCCCUGGUGCGGGCACUGCAAAGCUUUGGCACCUGAGUACGAAGAGGCCGCGACCACGCUGAAAGAGAAGAACAUUCCUUUGGCGAAGGUUGACUGCACGGCCGAGGGUGAUCUGUGCAAGGAGUAUGGUGUCGAAGGCUACCCUACCGUCAAGAUCUUCCGUGGCCUCGACAACAUCAAGCCAUACCCUGGUGCACGCAAAGCCCCUGCGAUCGUCUCAUACAUGACCAAGCAGCAACUACCUGCGGUAUCCCUACUCACUUCCGACACCCUGGAUGAGUUCAAGACGACCGACAAAGUUGUGGUGGUGGCCUACAUCUCCGCCGAUGACAAAUCCUCCAACCAGACCUACACAGCCCUUGCAGAGUCACUAAGAGAUGAAUACAUCUUCGGUGCCUCCAACGAUGCCGCUCUUGCAAAAGCCGAAGGUGUCAAGCAACCUGCCAUUGUUCUCUACAAGGAUUUUGAUGAAGGCAAGAACACUUUCACAGACACUUUCACGGACGAUGCCAUCACGACUUUCAUCAAAACUGCCUCAACUCCUCUGGUCGGCGAGGUUGGCCCAGAGACAUAUGCUGGCUACAUGGGUGCUGGCAUCCCUCUCGCCUACAUUUUCGCUGAGACACCCGAAGAGCGCGCCUCUCUUGCCGAAACUCUCAAGCCCGUCGCAGAGAAAUACAAGGGCAAGAUCAACUUUGCGACGAUCGAUGCCAAGGCCUUUGGUGCACACGCCGGAAACCUGAAUCUCCCGACCGAUAAAUUCCCCUCGUUCGCCAUCCAAGAGACGAUCAAGAAUGAGAAAUACCCGUUCGAGGGCACUGACCUCACAGAGAAGAAGAUUGGCGCCUUCGUCAAGGACUUUGUCGCGGGCAAGAUUGCUCCAAGCAUCAAGUCUGAGCCAAUCCCAGAAAAGCAGGAUGGCCCUGUCACCGUGGUUGUUGCAAACUCGUACAAGGACAUCGUCUUGGAUGACUCGAAGGAUGUUCUCAUCGAGUUCUACGCUCCUUGGUGCGGACACUGCAAGGCUCUUGCUCCUACCUACGAGAAGCUUGCCGAGCUCUACACCUCAAGCGACUUCUCCAAGAAGGUCACUGUCGCCAAGGUCGAUGCGACGUUGAACGAUGUCCCGGACGAGAUCUCUGGCUUCCCGACCAUCAAGCUCUACCCCGCCGGUGCCAAAGACUCGCCCGUGGAAUACUCUGGCCCUAGGACGCUCGAAGACCUUGCCGCAUUCAUCAAGGACAAUGGCAAACACGGCGUUGAUGGCCUGGCUGGCAAAGACGGCGAGGAGAUGGAAGACGUGACCUCGGCUGCCAGCGACACCUUGGCCAAGGCUGCCCCAGCAGCUACCACGGCCGCUGAGUCGGCUUCUUCUGGUGUUGCUGAUGCUGUCAAGUCCGUGGUCAGCGGGGCUGCAGAUGCCGCCCAGACCAUGCUGGCCGACACUGACGAGGGUGGGGUGCAGGAGCACGACGAGUUGUGA